AUGGGACAAACUAAAAGCCAGCUGCUAAAAGCCGCGGCAAGACACACAAAGACAUACAAAAUGGGCCACUACUGCAUGGGGGUUAGCGGAUUUGCCUCGUCCCCCUUCCAGUUGUCUUACAAUACAGAGUUUAAGAUCAAGCUUGUCAAGCUGGCACUCUCGCGGCCGAGCGGACAACGAAUCAAGCCCACCUGUCGCGAGUUCCCCGAGGUCCAGUUGAGGAAAUGGAUAAGAGCGUUCGAGGCGUCGGUGCUGGCGUCCCCCUUGGUGGGUAGCGCCCAAGCGCCCGCGACCACCGAGCCGGACGUGCAGGAUUCGGAUCCCAGCUUGGCAGUGGCUAGCGCCCAAGCGCCCGCGACCACCGAGCCGGACGUGCAGGAUUCGGAUCCCAGCUUGGCAGUGGCUGUGCCGGUGCUGGCACUCCCGCUCGCUGUGCCCUGUGGCAUCAUUAUGCAGGGCAGCUACGCCUUCGCUGCCGCCUCGCCGGCGGCUGCCUCGCCGCCCAUGCUACCCGCAUUGACCGUCCCUCCAACUGUGCGCGGGACCGCCAUCUCUCGGGAGCGGCCUGUCGUCGCGGCGGCUUCGCCAGUGGCCGCUGUAGCAGUGCUGGCAGCGCCUCCGGUUCCGGUGAUGCUGCUGGAGGCGCCGGCGCCGGCCGAGGCAGAAGCUGCUGAGGACUUGCUACUGCUGAGUCGGUGA